AUGAAUAUCUGUCAAAUUAAGCAAACGCUCUUCCCCAGAGCAUGGACAGAUGAUAUAGUAAACACUGGUAAAAGUUUCAAAAAUUGGGACUCAUGCAUGAACGACAAACCAUGCAAGAUCAUCGCCAUCGUAGGUAUAUGUCUCGCUGUCAUCGUGGGACUAUGGCUCAUAGGUGCCCUCCUGACUUGUUUCAGACAGGGUGUUACUGGUAUUGGAUCAUUUAUUUGCUGGUGUUGUUCUUCCUCUUCCAGAUCGCAGAGACAACAACAGAUGGCACAACAGCAGAAUUAUAAUCCGGCAAUGCCAUCACAAGUCGUUUAUCAACCGGUACAACAACCGGAAUCUGCUUAUUAUAAUAGACAAGCUGAUUCGUUUUAUGAUGAGAGAACACCGGGCAAUAAAAGGGAUGAUAAGAAUGAGGUGUUUGAAUUGGAACAGGAUUUCGAUUUGGAAAAGCAAAAGGCUAAGUCUCAGGCAAGGAGGAAGAAAUCAUUGACGAGCACAAGGGGUUCAUUCUUAAGUAGAUGGACCGGUGGCGGAGGUAGCAAUGCAAAUGAUACGAGUGCUGGAGCAUCGCCUGCUGCAGUGUCAUCACAACAAUAUUACACGGAUACAGCUAGGAACCCAUACCCCAAUGAUGACGUGUAUCAACCAUAUGGAGGGAUACCAAACAGUCAUGUCAAUGCUAAUAAUAAUAAUACCAACGCUUACAACCCACCAAGUUAUGAUUAUAAUUUGAAUAAUAAUGGGAAUUUUUAUUAG